GUUGUUAUUUAUUCACACACACACAGAGAGAGAUUUGUUCCAAAAAAAAUCACAGUCCAUUUGUUAAUUAUAUAACCGAAUCGAAACUUUAUUUUCAAAUUUUUAAUUGACAAUUUUUUUUUGUCAAUUAAACUAGUGAAAAUAAAGUCAUUCACACAUCAUCAGUAAUUUUUUUUUUUUUGAUUUGAUUUGAACUUGAAUUUUUGUUCACUUUUUUUUGUUUAACCAUUAUUGACUAAGUUUUUCUCUAUCUAUUAAUCAUUGAUCGAUUCAUCAUCAUCUAGUGUAUUAUUAAAAUUUAUUGGUCAUCAAUCAAUCGAUUUAAAUUCAAUAAAUAUAUUCAAAAAUGGAAAUGAAAAUGGCCAAUUUUGAACUAGAUUCAUACAUAAUUUCUUCAUCAUUACACUCGAAUCAUGAUGAUUUUGAUUCAUAUGCAAAAUAUCGUUCAUCAUCAUUGAUAAGUGAUAUUGAUUCACUAUCAUCGAUUAAUGAUUCACAAUCAUCAUCAUCACCAACAUUGGCUUCUAAUGUUAUUGAUGAUAUGGACUCAAAUAAUAAUUAUCAAUUCAAUUUUCGAUCAUCACAAGAAUCAUUGUUUGGCUGCUCAUCACAAAAGACAACAGCAUCAUCAUCAUCAUCAUCAUCAACAACAACACAAGAGACAAAUUACUCAAGUUCUGGAUAUGGUGGCUAUGAUGACCUAUUCGAUAUAUCAGUGUUAAAAUCGUCAUCAAAAUCCACAACAAAUGACGAUAAUUUGAUUGGUGGUCAUCAUCAUCAUCAUAGUAAUAAUAAUGAUGAUAAUCGUACACAGACACGACGUUUGAAAAAUCGUGAAUCAGCUGCACGUAGUCGACAAAAGAUUAAAAAUCAAUUACAAAAUUUGGAAUUACAACAAAAACAAUUGUUGAAUAAAAAACAAGCAAUUGCAAAUGAAAUAUCUGUUGCAUACAAAGAGAUUGAUCGAAUUGAAUCAUCAUUUUAUGAUCUGAAAAUUAAUCAAAUUGGUGGUUUAAUUACUAAAAACAAAAUCAAUCAUAAUGAUGAUCAUCAGAAUUACCAACACCAUACCAUCAAUAUGAUUAAUCCAUUCAAUGUUGUUGGUACUAAGAUCAAAACUGAAAAAGAUGAACCAUUAUCAUCGAUGCCAUAAUAAUAAAAGGCAUUCUAAAUGCAUUUUUUUUGUUUGUUUGUUUGUUUGCUAUUGUUCUUGCUGACUGACUGUUUUCGAUUUUCAAUCUAUUUAUCUAUCCAUCUAUUUAUCAAUAUCUUAUGCCUUGAAUUUAAUCCAUUUUCCAAUCAAAAAGAAUGUUUCGUUUCGAUUUGUUUCGUUUCACAUGAUUGUGUUAUCGAUUUCUUUCAUUUAUAUUUUCUUUAUUACAUAGAAAAAUGUCAUAUUUUUUUUUUUAAAUGUUUUA